UGUUGCUGUUGUUUUUCCUUCUUUUUGGCGUCUCCAAAACGAGGACAAUGUCUUUCCGGGCGGCAGAGGAGAUCAUGAGACGGGGCAUGCGCUUCUGCUGCCGCAGGUCUCUAUGGCAACAGCGCAGCUUCCUGACGACAACGUCAAGCAGAGACACAUCUUUCCAUAGUCAGCAUCUGGCACACUUUGUGGUCACAAGGCAAAGCCUGGCCGGGAGUCAGGUCAGCUCAGUGAAGUUUUACUCACAGGAAAGGAUUCACAGUGAGGACCUGGAUGUGAAGGAGCAGCUCUUGGAGUCUUUGCUGCCUGCUGAGAUCCGUUCUGAUGAGACCGCUUCACGUCAGACACAGGAGCGCUCCCCUUUGCAUGACCAGCUGCUGCAAUUUGGCUCCCCGUCGGAAGUGUUGGACUUCACCAUCCAGAACGUGCCCACGGCUGAACAGAUCAGCAAAACCCUGACCUACAUGUGGUCCACGAUUAAGAAGAUGUCGACUGAUCAGCAGCGCUACGAGCUGCAGCUGAUGUUUGAGCAUCCUGCAUUCGAAAGCCUGCUGCAAUUAGUCAGGAAGAAUGUGGGGGAAAUGAGCAGUGACAAUAAGCCUUAUUCUCUCUUGGCUAUGGUCAAGCUGGGUGUCCCCCAAAAUAGCCUUGUCGUCCAGACUUUCCUCCAAGCCUGUCAGGCAGAAUUGAAUUACUUUUCUGAGAAGAGCCUAGCCAUCUUGGCCUGCUGUCUGAGAGAUAUGGAGGAAACCCCUAACGUUGCUGCACUUAAGAAGGGCGUGGCGCUGGUAGUCGAAAUACGUCUUCCCGGGAUCAAGAGUGUCGUGGCUCUCCAGACCAUAAUGCAAAUGUUGGGGAAAGAUGCCCCACACAACCUAAAAAAAAAACUAGGGAAAAAGGCUUUAUCAAUGUCAAACCAGUUCAACCUUCCCAACGUCCAGUACAUGAUCUGUAUUAUGGCCACAAUGGAGUACUGCUCCAAACCACUGAUGGCCAUCUGCUGUACGAAGAUCAGAGAAAACAUCCCCGUAAUUCCCUUCUGGAGGUUGUUGGCAGUUCUGCAGUCGUGCACGAAGCUGCACUACAGAGACAUGAAUCUGUUCACCGACGUUUCGGAACAUGUCGCCUUCACGAUAGACAUGUGGACCAACAAGCAGUUGGUCCUCUUCCUGACAGAGUUCGAUAGGAACUUCUUCUGUCCCGCUGCCCUAAUGGAGGCGUUUGCUAAGAAGGUGAUCGCCAGUCCAGAGAGUCUGACACGUUAUGUUCUCCUCGUUGUCGUCCGGGUGUACUCUUCACUUAACUAUGACCUGCAGCACCAAAGGCAACAGUUCCUGGAUAGUCUCACCCAGGCUCUGGAAUCCUAUCUUACCAAGAUGUCUGGGUUUGAGUUGUUAAAGGCUGUGUACGGUCUGUGUGUAAUGGGCCACUACCCCUCCACGCUGCUGGAGCAACUCCUGCAGAGCAGCACGCUGGAGCAGUUUGAGACUACGGCGCCUAAGUUCCGCCACUACCAGGAGUUUAUGUUUCAGGUAGUGAACUUGUGCCUCCGUCUUGAGCGCCCUCCGCUCCCUCAGCCCCUGACUGUUCCACCGUCUGCCCUGGGAGCCGCCCCCAACAAUUCGCCAGUCAACCUGAAUCUCUUGCAGGGUCUGCAGAGUUUGUUGUUGGAGCAUGCAGACAUGACGCUGCAGGAAAUGGUGCUCGUGGAGAACUUUUACUUAAUAGAUGGUUUGAUAACCAGACCUCUGCCACACCAAACCUCUGCGACUGAAGCAGGUAGUCAUGCAGGAGACGAGCGCUCUCCAGCAGAGAGCAGUCAAAGAAUUGCAGUAAUUUGCACGAGGUACACUGGUUUUUGCCAUGGUACGUCCAAUCCCCGUGGCCAUCUGGCUGUCAAGAUUCGCCAUCUGAAGAUCCUGGGAUAUGACCCUGUCUUGGUGUCGGAGCAGAAGCUACAGUCCGUGUCAGAGGAAGAGAUGACAGAGUUCCUCAGGGGACUGAUUUUUCCAGAACACGAAAGCCCGGACACACAACCCAAAAUGGAGCAACUGGAAUCUUAAGGACAGUUGUUAAACGGAUGCCAAGUUCCAUGCCCGGUUCACAACCUGUUCAAUCGUCAUGAACACACAGAUUUUUUUUUUUUGUGCUUUUUGUAAACAAUUAAGAAGAAAUAAAUAUGUGAAAAUAUUUAAAUAAAUGACGUCCCUGGAUAAACUGAGCUCAAAACCA